AUGGAGGAGGAAGUAUCUGGACUGUACCACCGCCCUUUUUUAAAGGGGACGCACUACGGCGGCGCGUGCCGUUCCACGAAUAAACAAUGUUCACGUUGCAAGAUGGUUAAGUACUGCUCUGGAGGUUGUCAAAAAUCUCACUGGGAUUCUGGGCACAAGACAAAAUGCAAGGAUUUGCUCCGUUCAAAACAAACAUUCGCUUUGAGGGGAAAGAAAGGUUCGGUAGUUGCCAUGGGUGGAAGCUCAAAGAUUAUCAAACAGUCAAAUAAAAUACUUUUCCCGUAUGAGGAAUUCAUAGAAUUUUUCAAUUGGGACAAGCCAGGUUAUCCUCCUUGUGGACUUUUAAAUUGUGGAAACAGUUGCUUUGCUAAUGUGGUUCUUCAAUGUCUUGCAUAUACCCGGCCACUUGUUGCCUACGUGUUGGAGAAAGGCCAUAGGAGUGAAUGUCAAAAGGACGAUUGGUGCUUUCUGUGUGAAUUUCAAAUACAUGUCGAAAGGGCUAGCCGGAGCCUUCAUCCAUUUUCUCCUAUGAACAUUCUCUCAAGAUUGCCGAACAUAGGCGGUAAUCUUGGCUAUGGGAAACAGGAGGAUUCACACGAGUUUAUGAGGUUUGCCAUUGACACGAUGCAGUCUGUGUGCCUUGACGAAUUUGGUGGAGAAAAGGCUGUUCACCCUAGCUAUCAAGAGACAACUCUUAUUCAACAUAUAUUUGGAGGUCGGCUUCGAUCUCAGGUUAUAUGUGCAGAAUGUGAUAAUGUUUCAAACCAGUUUGAGAAUUUGAUGGAUUUAACUGUUGAAAUUCAUGGGGAUGCUGGAUCUUUGGAGGAGUGUUUGGAUCAAUUCACUGCCAAAGAGUGGCUUCAUGGGGAUAAUAUGUAUAAAUGUGAUGGUUGCAAUGCUUAUGUCAUGGCAUGGAAACGCCUUACGAUUCAGCGGGCACCAAACAUUCUUACAAUUGCAUUGAAAAGAUUUCAGAGUGGAAGAUUUGGGAAACUUAAUAAAAGGGUGAAUUUCCCAGAGACGCUUAAUCUCAGCCCAUACAUGAGUGAAUUAGAAGAUGGAAAUGAUGUUUACAAGCUAUAUGCUGUUAUUGUACAUGUGGACAUGCUAAAUGCAUCCUUUUUUGGCCACUACAUCUGCUAUGUGAAGGACUUCCGUGGAAGCUGGUACAGAAUUGAUGACUCUAAGGUUGCUAAUGUUGAUUUGGAUGAAGUGCUUUCGCAGGGAGCUUAUAUGUUAUUGUAUAGCAGGAUUUAUGCUCGCCCAUCUUGCUUACUUCCCACUGAGUUGUUAAAGAAAGAAGAAAGUGAAAACGUGAAAAUAACUGAAGUAGAUUCUUCCCUCAAACAACUUGCAGUUGAUGAUUCUGGGCAGUCCUUAUCUGCUAAUUCUCCAGAAGAUGCAAUCUUGGAUAAUAAAAUCGUAUUAUCCGAUCUGAGUUUGCCCAUUGUCAAGGAUGCUGAACUUCACAACAGCGACGAAUUGCCCAAUGCACCAAAAGAAGAAGCUGCUUCUCAUAUAAAACACGAUACUCAGCAAAAAGCUACCGAUACAGAUUUUACAGAAGUUGAUGCUCCCACUUCCGAAUCACCCUCCUCCAUUACAGAGUUAGUCGAAGAAUUGCCCAAUGCACCAAAAGAAGAAGUUGCUUCUCAUAUAAAUCACGAUACUCAGCAAAAAGCGACCGAUACAGAUUUUACAGAAGUUGAUGCUCCCACUUCCCAAUCACUCUCCUCCAUUACAGAGUUAGUCGAUGAAUUGCCCAAUGUACCAAAGGAAGUUGCUUUUGAUACAAAACACGACACUCAGCAAAGAGCUACCACUACUACCUUGUUCGAUACAGAUUCUACAGAAGUUGAUGCUCCCGUUUCUCAAUCACCUUCCUCCAUUACAGAGUUGCAUGAAGAAUCUUCUGAUGCUUGUGAUGUUUCAUCCAUGGCUAUUACCACUGAUGAGGUCAGAGAUGAAGCUCACACUGCUAAAUCUACACCCAUCCCCGAAAAUGUUGGGCAUGGAGAAUCUGUACCGUCCUCUGUUAAUGUUAAAAACUCUGGUAAGAAUUCAAAUGCAAAGUUUAAGCCACUUUUUGCGCCUGGUUUUCUCGAAAAACAGCCACGAAAGAAAUGUAGUAAUAAGCUGGACAGUAAACUAGCCACAGAAAGCAUUGACCCGAAGAAUCGUUCGUCGUGUGAAAAUGGUGGACUGAUGAAGGAGAAGCCUCAAACUGUGCAUGGGAAUGGAAAGGCAUCUAUAGAAUCGGAUAUUUGUAAUGGCUAUGCAAAUGGAAACUACAUUGAGCAAAAUGCAGUGAGAGGCUCUAGUUAAGAAGAGCAAAACACCUUCUAACUUUGUUGGAUUAGAAAUUCGGGAACCUUCACGUGGGCCCGGCCCGUUAGCUGCAAAUCUUGUAUGGUAAAUUCCGAUGGAAGUUGGAGACUAUGUGUUCGAUCAGUUGGUUACAGGCUCAGAAAAAUGAUUUGAAUUCUAUCAUAUUGUAGGGCUGAAUCCGAUAAGCAUUCGAAUGUGUCCAGAUGGAGAUUCAACCUUCGGAAGUCUUGGGAAAAAAAUUGAAUGACCAUUGAUAAUUAUUUCUAAGAAACAUUUUUAUUUUUAUUUUUAUUUUUAUUUAAUAUCAUUCAAUGAUCCCAUCCCCACAACUGGAUGCGCUGGGAAUUUGAUCCGGGGUUUCGAUAUUUACAGAAAUCUUGGAUACACUCUUGUAUCUCUUUCUUUCAGCUAUUUUUAACUGAAAUCGAAAUUGCCUUGUUGCACAUUUUCAUGUGAAUUAUCUUUGAUUGCGGUUAACAUGGCUUCCUGUUUCGUGUCUAGAAUUAACGAUAAUGCAAUUCAAUUGAUAAUUAUUUUGAUUUUCACAGAUAUAUAUUCAGCUGAUGGUUUCUUCCU